UUUUCCCUCCCAGGCCGCCAUAGCUGACGUUAGACGUAAAUUGCUCUUGCUAAUUGUUCAUUGAGGGAACAUGGCAUUUACUCUUUACUCACUGAUCCAAGCAGCAAUUCUCUGCGUGAAUGCUGUAGCAGUACUGCACGAAGAACGAUUUUUGAGUAGAAUUGGAUGGGGCGUGGACCAGGGCGUUGGAGGAUUUGGUGAUGAACCAGGCAUCAAAGUUCAGAUGAUGACGCUGAUUCGCUCUGUGCGUACCGUCAUGAGAGUGCCUUUGAUUGCAGUGAAUUCAGUGUGUAUCGUUUUGUUGCUGCUGUUUGGAUGAAGAGAACUAAUGGACAAACCCAUUUACCUCCAAUUUCACAACCUCAGGACGCUGUGGACUUAACAGAACAUUUAAUGUCGAUAGGGUGACAAUGAUCGAAAAUUAUGUCGGUAUGUCAUGCUUUUUCUGCAGUGGUUUAACACGCUCUUCUGUGGUAAAUUUCAUUCUAAGAUGAACACAAUUACCGAAAAGGUUCGGUUUGAUUAAUGUAAAUUAAAUAUGAAAUCCUUUAUAUUCUUGUAUACGUGCUCCAUAAUAAAGAAUUUAUGUGACGCCA